UUUACCGUUAGAGUUGAAUUCAAUAAAGUUAGAAUCUAUCUGGCUUGUGCAUUAACAAUAUUACGAUAGAUUAUUUAGCAAAUAGUAAAAUGUGAAAAUUAGCUAUGAAAAACGCAGAAACUUUAUUUUUAUCUAAGAAGUAGAAAAUGGGUAUCAAAGGACUGUGGGGAGUGUUGAAUCCUUACAGUGAAAAAAAGGCGCUACAUGAGAUUAGAGGUGAAACCAUUGCUGUUGAUCUUGCAGGAUGGGUUUGCGACAGUCAAAAUGUUACAGAGUAUUACAUACAGCCCAAAUUAUAUUUGAGAAAUCUUUUCUUCAGAACUAUUUACCUCAUAUUAGCUGAUAUAAAUCCAAUAUUUGUGCUGGAAGGUGAUGCUCCAGAACUUAAAAGGGAUGUGAUGGCAGCUCGUAAUGCCAUACAGUUUCGGGGAGCAGCUCCAAAGACAGGUCCUGCUAAAAGUAAACUGCCUAAUGUGACAAGAAAGAGGUUUAAGGGUGUAUUGAAAGAGUGUGAGACACUUCUAAAAAGUAUGGGUGUGAGAUGUGUGAAGGGACGAGGGGAAGCUGAAGCUACCUGUGCGAGGCUAAAUGCUAAAGGUCUUGUUCAUGCAGUGGUUUCACAAGACUCCGAUUGUUUCGCGUAUGGCGCAAGGCGUGUGUAUCGCAACUUUAGCGUGUCUAGCUCCGCGGGUGGCGGCGCGAUGCAAGGCUCGGUCGACUGUUAUGACGCUGAGAAAAUGUACCAGAGUAAUGGUUUCGGACGUCAGAAAAUGGUGGCUUUGGCUUUAUUGUGCGGUUGUGACUACGGCAGCGGAGCUUGUGGGUCGUCCAUAACAACAGUGGUUUCAUUUCUGCAUACUGUGUCAGAAGAUCAGGUUAUUCACAGGUUAUUAUCAUGGGUCAGCGAUCCUCAAUACUACGAGGAAAAGGCUCGUUGGAUGUCCGCACCGGGCCGCUGCGACCGCUGUGGACACGUAGGUCGCACGCACGCUAGGAACGGCUGCCCGAUCUGUGUUACUCACAAAGGAUGCGCAGACCUAGGCCACAAGUCCAAAGUAGCAGAAGUGAAACGUGAAGUAUCGCUUCGGAAUCGGGCUCUGUCGUGCGGAAUGCCGUUCCCCGAACCGAAAGUUAUGAAGGAAUUCAUGGACCCUACGCCAGAAGAUAUAGAUCUCGAGGGCCUGAAGAUUCCUACUCCGAGUUUAAUCCAGUUUGUGAAAAUAAUGUCGUACAAGUUAGACUGGACGGAAAAAUAUUGCGUAGAAAAGUUCUUACCAUUGUUAACUAAAUGGCAUCUGCAGGAAAAAGUACCCAGCCGUAGCCUUCAACCUAUUGAAAUAAAGAAGAAGAGAAACCCUAGAGGAGUUCCAAGCUUUGAAGUGUUGUGGAAAGAUAUUAAUGGUCAAUAUGAAGGUCUCAUUCCUGAUGAUCAGUUUGAAGAUGGCGAUGAUAUUUUCGGUCCUUGGACUUCAGUAGAGAGGCAAGAUCUCAUGCGCAAGUAUUAUCCAGAUUUAGUAGAAAAGUAUGAAGAAUCUACAAAGAAACCUCCAAAGGAAAAGAAAGCGAAGGGAAGAAAGAAGAAAGAGAACCAACAAGAACAAAAUGAUAAACCAAAGAGAAAAUAUACCAGAAAGCCAAAACAGCUUAAAGAUGUUGUGCUAUCUAAACUUAACGAGUCUAUGAAAAACUUGAGCCUUACCAAUCAAGAUCUCAAUUCUAGCAAAGCAAACGUCAGUGUUUCAGUAAAAAGAUUAAAAAGAAAAAUUAAAAACAAUGCAAAGAGUAAACCGAAAAAUACCAUUGAAAGUUACUUACAACCGCGUAAGAAGAGAAAGUCUUCUAAAUUAAUGCAGUCCCUGAGAAAUAGUUUCAGAAACAUGUCAAUUGAGAAUAACGAAUCUUUGAGUCUCAAAUAUUUAGACACUGCUGAUAGUGACAAAGAGAAUAGACAAAACAAGACAGAAGAUGAUAAGCAUUUGCUAAGUAUGUUGAAUAUGAGUGAAGAAGAUAUCAGCGAAAAUGAUUUGUCUGCGAUAAUUGAUAACAUAGUGUCCAGAGCUCCCACUGUCACAACUGCAAAAGUUAACAGCAAUUUAGUUAAAUUGAUCUUUGAGAAUAAACAAAUGUUGAGAAAGUCUACAUUAACUCAAAGAUUCCACCAAAACAAUUGUUCGACACCCAAAAACAGUCCACUGCGAAAAAGCUGUCACGAUACAAAUGCUAGCAGACGGUCUUCUAUGUCAAAAGCAAACACAAGCUAUUUCUUUGAUAAAUUAUCCGACGAGCGCGAUGCUUUCGAGAUGUCCAUGGAAUAUAGUCGAAAACACAAAAUCGCUUCUAUCAGUCUAGAUUGUGAUGCAACUUUGGACUAUAGCUUACUUGAUGUUUGAUUUUGAAGUUUUAACAAUAAAUUAAUUUUUUCGA